UUGCGUUUCGGUCAGGAUUGAAAUUUCUUGGGUCAUUUAAUUUGCGUGAGUUCAAGUGUUAAAACGUAAAAUGGGCAAAUUUGGUCCACGCCUAGCCACGAGAAAAAAGGCUAAGCGCUGGAGGAAAGGUCAAAGUGCCAGCUCGAAUCCUGAAUCAACGAAACACCGGGACCAGGUGCGCUCGGCUUUUUUCCAACCCAUUUCUGGCGGUGGUAGUCUUACGGUCGAUGCUCUGACAAAACACAAUGCCUUCCAAGGAAAGCAGCCAAAGAUCAAAGAUCAUGACUCCAAACAGAUGGAUGAUGACUCGAUGGAUGCAUCUACUUGCGAAACAUUUGACACAUUUGCCACCAGUUACACCAAUUGUACAAACAUUUCGUUUAGUCGAUUCUUGGACCACUUUCAAUCUAAUUCGGCAAUUCACAAGGAAAUGCUGGCUGUUUUAGCAGCUAUUACCGAAGUUAUCAAACAAAAUGGAGGCACUGAAUCUUCAACGGAGUAUUAUGCAGCUCUUAUGACAGCCUUAGAAGCUGCAGAAACACAAGAUUCGGUCACUGCUAUCAUUUCGCUUUUGGGUAUGGGUAUGAAAACCGUGCCAAAAAAUGUUCUGAAACAACAGUUUGGUCGUGCCAGUCAAGUGUUUUUGGAAAUAAUGACCAAACAUGCGAGCGAAGAAAACUUCCUAAUCUUGAGACACUGCAUAAGUUGUCUGUCCAUUUUACUGAGAGUUCAAGAAGGAGCUGUAUGGGCUGAGUCUUCCACGAUUCAUGUGUUAAAUGCCAUUUUAUCAUUUACUAUACACAGCAAGCCAAAAUUAAGAAAAUCAGCACAACAUGCCAUUUGUUCUAUUUUAAAAGGUAGUGACAUCAUGAAAAGUGACGACCCUCCAACGCAUCAUCCGGCAGCACUGCACGUUGCCAAACAUUUUUUAGCCCAAUUAGAAUCAUCCGGAAAGCCAGGGCACGUGACCAGUACCUUACACGUUCUCUCUUUACUCAAAGAUAUUAUUCAUCAAUUCCCUAAGAAUUCUGUCAAGUCACUUUGCGAAGGAUUGCUUAGUAUCAUGACUUUGAACAAUGUUCUGGUAACAUCUUGUUGUUUACAAACCUUACACGGUUUGUUUGUGUCUAAGCCAACUGAAACAACUCUACCACCACAACUGAACGCACAGAUCAUCAAUGCCCUCUUCGAUUAUCAACCAGCUUCUGGAGAUGUGCAACCAACUUUAGCUUGGCUUGCAGUUAUGCAGGAAGCAUAUUGCAAUUUGGCCCUGCAUGAUCCUGAACUCUGUGCAGCUAAUAUUCCUCGAAUCAUUGAAAAUUGUAUGAACUUGUGGCUCUCCGACAAAACUGAAGUUAUCUCUGGGGCAUCCAACACAUUGAAGACUCUGCUUGAAACUUGCAUUGCUACUCUGUGCGAAAAAAAAGAACUUGCUGAAAGGUGCAAACCAACAUUAGUGAAAUCAAUACAGCUUAUUCAAGGGGGACUGAGUAACCAGUAUCAUAGCGCAUGGCAUCAUGUGCUCUUUCUCCUAGCUUCAUUGAUUAAAAUCAUCGGACCAAUUUGUGAAGCAGAACUAAUGGAAAUUUUGGUUAAGCUAAGAGAUCUUCGCGACUCCUACAAGUUCUCUUAUAAUUCAGAAAUUGAUUACGCAGUUGGGGCUGCAGUAAAAUCUUUAGGGCCUGAAAGAGUUUUGAUUGCCAUUCCAUUACAAGCUCCCACUGGUGAGGUGGACUUGAAAAGGAGUUGGAUAUUACCAGUCCUGAAAGAUUGCACUUGCAGCGCAAGGCUCGGAUAUUUCAUAAAUAAUUUAUUACCUUUAGCAGAAUCUUGCUGGCAAAAGUUUAAGCUUUUGAAAGAAAAAAACGACAGAAUUGCAGCCCAUAGCAAUGAAUUGCUGUGUUCACAAAUUUGGGCUUUAUUACCAAGUUUUUGUAACAAUCCGCCAGAUAUAAAAACUAAUUUUGCGAGAAUAGCAAAAAUCUUGGGUACAGCCAUAAGUGAGAGAAAAGACUUGAGAUUGUCAAUAUUGUCCUCAUUGCGAAAGUUGAUUCAGAAAUCAGUGGAUAAUGCAAAUGUGAAUGAUGUCAAUGAACUUGCAAAAUUCGCAAAGAAUUAUUUGCCCCUGUUGUUUAAUAUUUAUACCUACAAACCAACGGGCACUGACGAGGAAGGACAAAGACUUGCCUGUUUUGAAACAAUCAAGAUAUACUUGAAAAUCACACCUGCAGAGUUAAUUGGAGAGUUGUUUGAUAAAGCUGUGGAAAACUUGAGCCUAUCAGAUGCAACCGAAUUUUUCAAGGAAAGCAUAUUUGAUUUAGUAAGAGUAUUGUGUCAGUACACAGACAUUAGCCGAGUUCACGCGUUGUACAAUAAAUGUGUACCACUUCUCGAAAGUAAAGAACAAAAAGAGCAAAAAAAGGCUUACCGAUUUUUGGAAGAUAUUUGUGGAAGCAAAAGCUCAGUUUGUCAGCAAUUUGUAGUUGACAAUCGUAAGCUUAUACAAAAAGCUAUCAUCAAAGCUACAUCAGCAUUGCACAAACCGAGCAAGGGAGCUCGAAUCCGAUGUAUAACUUACCUAGUUGAGAAACAUCCCCAGUUGGAAAAGACGAAAUUCCUCAAGGCCAUUGUACCCGAGGCUGUCACUUGUCUCAAUGAAUUGAAUGAAAGAUGCAGAACAUCCUCGUACGCGCUACUAAAUACUAUUGCUGAAAAAUUUUUGAAUAACGAAGAGCACUUUAAAGAAUUCAUCGAUAUGUUGAUAAAUGGUCUCAAUGAAAGCUCGACUCACUGCAGCACUUCAUUACUAGCUCUUACUUCAAUUACCCACCAUUACAAUGGUGCUUUGGGAGUCGAAACUGUGCAAAAAAUAUUACAAUUCACUUGUGAUAUUUUAAAGAGAUCAAACCGAGAAACAACGUUGUCCGGGUUAUCAUUUAUUAAAGUAUAUCUUUCAGCAAUACCCACACCCUUAAUCGCCCCGAUGCUCGUGAACAUUGUCAAAGCACUGACAAGUAUGACGGAAGAUUGCAAACGACACUGGCGUCAAAAAGUUCGUGACAUAUUGAUUAAAUUAGUUAGGAAGUUUGGAGUAGAUGUGAUUGCCGAUAUGGUGCCUCCUAGUGAUUUGGUGAUGCACAAAAGACUGAAAAACAUUCGUAAAAUAGAAACAAGGAAGCAAACAUUGAAAGAGCAAAAGAUGAAUGGUCAAAAUGACGACGAGAGCCUCGAAGAAUUCAACGUUAAACGAAAGCAGAAGAGUUUGGAAGAAAUAUUAGCCGAUAGCGAUGAAGAGCUUUGCGACACUGAUGACGAAAAAUCUGUCAAAACGCAUAAGAAAAAACGAGAAAAGAAGACAUGGAUUCAAGAAUCCACUGACAAUAUUGUUGACUUUGCCGAUCCAGCAACUGCGAAAAAUAUUACGACUAUGAAACCUAAUAUCAGUUCUGGUUUCAAUACUACAACGAAGAGCAAAAGUUCCAGUUUCAAAACUGCCUCGGAUGGACGUUUGAUAAUAGCCGACGACAGCAACGACAGUAGUGAAGAUGAAGGGAAAAAAAAGAAAAAGAACAAGUUACCCUUUGAUCCAAGUGAUGGUCAAGAUUCCGCAAGCGAUCAUGAUGAUAAUGACUCCAAGACAAUCUUAUCUAUGAAAAAAGUAGAAAAAAAGCGAAAGUUAAGUGGUAGCACAGCUAGUGUUAUUUCAACCGCUAGAUCCACAGCGACAUCGAAAUAUCAAGCUGGCGGAUCUGGUAUUCACCGUCCCCUGAAGAAGGUCAAAAAAGUUCUAGAACCGGGUGAAGAGUACCGUUCCAAAAAAGGUUUUGGUGACGUCAAACGGAAAGGCAAACCCGAUCCCUAUGCGUAUAUUCCCUUGAAGAGAUCUGCAUUGAACCGACGAAACAAAGCGAAAGUCAAAAAAUCUUUUAAGAAUAUACUGUCUCACAAUAAAGAAUACAAGAAACUGAAAUCGAAUUCUAAAUACCAAAUGAAAUAA